UCCCCUUUGCAACGUCACUUCCGCCUCCUCCUUAGCAAAGCAAGAUGGCGGCCGUGGUAGAUAGAGUUGAUGGAUGUGUUGGGUCCUUGGACUCAGACUCUGUGUCCCCGAGACAGUCCACCCCUCCACCGGAUCAGCCGCACCAGAACAACCCCCUGCUAGGACUACCGAUCGUGGCCAUCGAGACGAUCCUGAAUUUCAUGUCGUACGAUGAGAUCAGCCUGCUGCGCUCGGUGUGUAAGCGCAUGGACAUGAUCUGCCAGCGUGUGCUGAACCAAGGCUUCCUGAAGGUGGAGCGUUACCACAGUCUGUGCCAGAGGCAAGUCAAAGCUCAGCUGCCCAGGCGAGAGUCGGAGAGGAGAAACCAUUCACUGGCUCGUCACGCUGAUAUCCUGGCUGCAGUGGAGACACGCCUCUCUCUGCUCAACAUGACCUUCAUGAAAUAUGUCGACUCCAACCUCUGCUGCUUCAUCCCUGGAAAGGUUAUAGAUGAGAUUUACCGAGUGCUCCGCUACGUGAACUCCACCCGCGCACCGCAGAGAGCUCAUGAGGUCCUGCAGGAGCUGCGGGACAUCUCCUCCAUGGCCAUGGAGUACUUUGAUGAGAAGAUCGUCCCCAUCCUGAAGAAGAAGCUGCCGGGGGCGGAUCUGUCAGGACGCCUCAUCGGCUCAGCACCAGUGGCAGGUCCGUCUACCUCCCUGACCACCAUGUCCCUGCUGGCCAAGAACACGCCGUCGCGCUCUGAGAUGACCAAGGUGCAGCAGCAGGUCAAGGUGAACGGGGCCUCGAUGACGGUACUGAGGAGGGAGAUGCAGGAAAUCCGUGUCAAGCAGCUGGAGCAGCAGAAGCAGCUGCAGGACCAGGAGCAGAAGCUUCUGGAACAGACCCAGGUGAUCGGUGAGCAGAACGCCCGCCUGGCGGAGCUGGAGCACAAGCUCCGUGAACUGAUGGACAGCAGUGCUGCUGCUAUGGGAGGACCCAGACCGAGCACAGCUGUCCCCUCAUCCAGCAACGUCGCUGUGUCUUCUACUGUCGCCAGCACAUCUGGUACUGUGUUGGCGGGGGGGAGCGGGGCCGCAGCGUCCCUAGCCAGAGAGCCGGAGAGCGAGGGCGGCUCGUCGCUCAAACGCACCAGAAAGAGCUCAGAUCUUCCACGACAGUCCAAACGGCUGCGCAGCAAGAAAUAAGAGACUCAGAGUGUCGUUUAGUUCCAUUCUCGUUUUUGGUUUUAAGUCUGAUAACCCUGUGACCCCCACCAACCUCCUGCAAACCCACACACACAGACACAGACACACAGACACAGACGCAACCAUGAAACGACUUGCUGCUGUCCAUGGCUGAAAAACUGAGCCCAGAAUGUCAUCAGGGCGCUGAACGUCAUCAGGGCGCUGCACGUCAUCUGUUAAAAGACUAUUGAAGUCUGGUGUAAACUGUAAUUUUUGUUUCUAUUAACAAGUCCCAUGAAAAGAUAUCUUUCAUUACAUAGUAGCCUGAAUCUCCCCCAGGACAUUCGGUCAAAUUAGAGACAUAAAUCUGAUCAUUCAUGGAGAGAAAGUAGCGUCCUCUAUCAGUCCUCCGGUACAUCUGUGUCUGACGCUGCAGAUGAAACACAUUUAGUGCGACUGUUAGAAUUUCUUUUCUGACAGGACAGGGAUUUUAAGAAGUGCUCUAAAACUAAACUGUGAGAGCAGACAUGAUUUGUUUUAUGAAUUUUGUAAAGAUGUCUCUCUUUUAUUCAGAGACAAAACAUGAAUCAAACUUCUGGCUCCCACAAACACUUCUCCCUGAUGUAAACACUCAGUUCAUUUCCUCUCAUGGGAUUUGUUGAAUAGAAGAUGAAUACAGUGAAUCACCAGAUUUAUGCUCACAUGGCUUCUUGGCCACUAAAUCCAAUCAGAUUAUAGGCAGACGAUUAGACGUCUGCAGCUACUAUUUAUUGAACGUAACAUUAAAUGAGCUGUACAGCUUUUUAAUGUUGAUGCUUUUCUAAGAGGUUAAUAUUUUUGAAAAAGAAAAAAAAGAAGUUUCUCUACGGAAGGGGGCUAGGGCCACUGAAAAAAAAUAAUAGAAAUUAAGGUCAAAUAAAAAAUUGUAUUAUUAUUCUAAGAAAAAAGUCAGAAUUCUGACUUUAAUCUCAGAGUAAUAAUAAAAAUAAUAAUAAAAAAAGUCAGAAUUCUGUGAGUAAUCUUACAAUUCUGACUUUUUUCUCAUACUUGUAACAAUAAUAAAAAAGUUGACCUUUAUUUUAGUUUUUUUUUCAGUGGCCCUAAUCUCCUUUCCUAUGUGUCCAAACUGAAAAAGCAGUUUCCUGAAAACAUGGAGAACAGAAGUGAAGAGAAGUCACACUGUUUGUGUUAGCAGUACACUAUUUGUUUGGAGAUACACACGUCUAAAAGCUCCCACAGUGAACACACAGUUUUAAUCAGAGAGAUGACCUUUAACCUUGAGAUAAAUGAUCUAAAUUCCCUGAAGUUGCAGAUUAUUGUGCAACUGUUUCCUCGUUUCAUUUUCCCUUCAUGUGAGAGGUUUAGAUUUACAAGUUAAUUAACUUCAGUCCUGUGCAAUAAGAUCAUCAAAUAUAAUGACUUUACAGCCCCUGUCUGCCCGGAGCCUGGUCGGUCCAGAGGUCAGUGAGACUCGAUCUAAUCUGGUCUUUAUUAGAAGAGGUCUGGGGUAAUGAAGGAGGCAGUGUUCAGGUGACAUCAGUGAAAGAUUCCCCUGCCUGGUGGAGGAAACUGAUGAUCUGUGUGAAGGGAUUUCAUUCCACUGUGCCUCUUGAUCACUGACUGAUGUUGUCUUCUGAUGCUCAGAGAUGAAGCAGCGAUAACGGGACCCACUGUGGUGCCGUGUGGGAUCAGGUCCUCUGAAGGUUGUGGAGAUAACAGGCUGGUGUUAACUGCAGCAGGAGAUGUGAUGUUUAUGACUCUGUCGCCUGCUGAUGACUAAAGAAGAAAGUAAUAACUGCUCCGUAAUACACAAAGCAAUAUUUGGCACCUCCUCAUUGAGGGUUUAACAGUGUUUGACAUGUUCCCUGUGUUUAAUAACACAACAUAGAGCUCAUCACAGCUUCACACUUGACAGAGAGCAAAGGUUUUUGAAUGUGUUUCUCGUUUUGGUUAAACUGCAGAAACUUGCACAAGAAGACAAACUAUGAAAACAUGGCAGAUGUUUUUAGAAAUACUUUUAAAUUACUUUCUGUCAGACCAUAGAUUUGCACAAUCAUGCUUUAUUUAAUCCCAUCAAGUCUACGUUUAAAACAUUUAUGGUAGGUCAGAUGAAAAUAAGACGACUCAAGGUCUACUCCUGAGCUUUUCUUGGGCUUCCAAAUCUCACAAGAGAGGGAGAUUGUAAGUCUGACUCCAUAAUGAAGCUUUAGGCCGGUCGAGCUGACACUUUCAACAUCCUGAAAGCUCUAAUAAAAGCUGAUAUGAGACCUUGAUUUAGAUCUUUUACCUUUCAUCUACUUUAUUUUAUUUUCCCAGAGCGCUUAGCUCCGUCUCACUGCCUCUGAACCAGCUCUGAUACUCGGCUGUGUUUGAGGACACUGAGUCAGAUCAUGUGAAGCGUUGACAUGAUCGAGGCGUACGAAGCUUCAGCCUGUUUUCUCUGACAAAAGACAGAAUAGUUUUUAUAAUUUAAAAACAUUCAGAGGGUCAAUCUUGCUGAUAAACUGUCCUCUGUUCCUCUUUAGUGCCAUCAGAUUGUGUUUAUUUUUCUGUCUUUGUGACUCCUGUCUCCACCCCAAAACAAGGGAGUGAACCUUAGCCGAGUUGCACCCCAGGGGAGAGUGAGGAGGAACAUCGUGUCCUUUACUUUAUGUUGUACAUGAACUCUGAAAUUGAAGUUUCAAUCAAACCCGGUAAAGUGUAGAAACAGCAGAAUAAUGGCUUGUUUGCAGUGACAGUAGAGGAGUGCUGCAAAGUUGUAAUAAGUGAGUGCUCAGCAGAGUGGCUCUGAGUGAGACCCGUCUGUACAGCUGCGUCCUCCGAGGCUCCCUGUGCAGCGACACUCUUCUUUUCUCCCGUUGGAACGUGUGUCUCGCCUUGUGAGGCUAGGUUAGCUGUGAGCCCAUAUUGUGGCUGCCCUUUUCUUUGUUUGAAGCUUUCUGUUGUUUGGAUGAACUGAACCACUUAUGGCAUGAACUUUGGAAAUGCAGUUCACAUCUCGGUGAACACCAGCGUGUAUUAUGAUGACACUGGUCAGAUAAACACAAGAUGUAUCUAGUGGCUUAAUAUGAGACUGCGUCUCAGUUUAGAAAAUUGUACUGUAAUCUCCAUGUACUUUUAAGUGUAGAUUGUGAAUUAUUUCAUGUGUGUAUACCAAGAAAGCUAUCUUUUGGGUUGGCCAACUUGGGGCUAACUGUAUGGUUUUGUUGCACACAUUACUGUUACAAAUGUAAAAAUUAAACUUAUUAAAGUUUGACUUAACUUA